AUGGUACAAUUCUGGGACUCCAUCCCGGACAAUCUACGAGACUGGGCACUCGACCAACAAGUCUUCUUCACAGCCUCCGCCCCCCUCACGGGCAAACACGUAAACAUCUCCCCGAAAGGCCUCCCCUCAUCCACGUUCUCCAUCUUCGACCCCAACCACGCCGCCUACGUCGACGCCACCGGUUCCGGCAGCGAAACCAUCAGCCAUGUCUACGAAAACGGCAGGAUCACCAUCAUGUUCUGUUCUUUCGCCAAGAGCCCAAGGAUCCUGAGGUUUUUCUGUACGGGACAGGUCGUCGAGUGGGACGAUCCGAAGUUCGAGGCGCUGUUGCAACGGAUGGGGAAGGAGAGGAUCGAGGGCGCUAGGGCGGUGAUUUCGUUGGACGUUUUCAAGGUCCAGACGUCUUGUGGCUUCGGUGUACCUCUCUUGACCACAGCACUCACGUCCGAGGGUGCAACUUCUGGAGAGACGGAACCGAUACUGCUGGACCGUGAUACGAUGGGUCAUUGGUCGCAUCGGAAGGUUGAGACUAAUACGCUACUGGACUACCAGGCAGAGUACAAUUCAAGUAGUCUGGAUGGGUGUCCGGGGAUGAGGAGUGCGAUGCGAGAUCAUGGGGAUAGGGUAUGGGUUACGUUAUUGAAGGCGAGGAUAAGGAGGAUAGGGACGCAGACGGAGGCUGUUCUCGUUGGCAUUGUUCUUGGGGUUGCGUUGUUGGCUUUUGCACAGGUGACUUUGAGGAGCUUGGGUUUCAUGUAA